AUGCAAUUUGAUGAAAAUGGAAAAGCUGUUAAACAAUACAUUGGAGAAGGUGAAAAUGGUCCAAUUAAUUCAUACCGUUAUAAUCCAUAUUCUUAUUUCAAUGAAGAAUUAAAUGCUAUUGAAGAGGGACCGGAUGGAUUACCACGAUAUUCUAACCAGUUUGAUGGUCAAUAUGCAAAUAUUAGACCUGAAAUUUCAGCUAAGAAAUUCUUUAAAGUUGCUUUAUUCGAUCCAGUUUUCGCAAAUGUUAAAGAUGAACUUAAACAUCAAUUCCAACCAAUUAUAGUAGCAAGAAUUGCAUCAGGUGCUUUAUCUCAAGCAUUCAAAGAUUUAAUUAAGAAACCAUUAUAUCAGCAACGAGGUUUAACUUAUGAUUUAGUUAAGGAAUCAGAUAAAAGAAAAUUUGAGAAAUCAGAUGAUUAUAAGAAUGCAAUUAAUGAAUAUAUUAG